AUGCAGAUCAAUAACUUCUAUGUCUUGUACAAGCAAGACACCAGACUCUUAUUGUACUGGCUCGUCAAGACUUCAAACGGCAUCAUUCAGUCUCAAGAUGCCGCCGAGAAUGAGACACCACUGGAAAAUUUUACAGGUCAGGUCCCCGUCGCGGAUCUCGUCUCUAUGGCGGAGAUUAUUGCGAAACACGAUGUCGAAAUACCAUCUAUGAUAUUUAGUUUGUUUCAGUCCGUGAUCGAGUUGCGGUCCAUCUACCACUCUCAGUUUCAGCAGCUUGCAUCCGUACACCCCAACGAAGAGCUUGAAAGAAAUAACGUGACGCACAAGUAUUUCAUCGAUACUCUCACCACGGCGUUCAAUAUCCUGGGCGGUGAAGCGUGGCUAUCAUCACAUGAUCAGGAGAAGCAAGCGAAGAGCGACGAGGAAGAAGCUGGCCCCAGCAUUUUUACCACUGCCAACAAGUUUUCAGUCUUAAAUCUAGAGAGCGAUCCAGAGAGUGACGGUGCUAACCAUGAAGAGUCUGACAAAGAAAGCAGCAGUGUCGCGUCUCCUCAGCAGAAACGACGAAAACGAGCUGGCAAAGGCAAGCGAAAGAAAGUAAAUGGAAAGAAGACACGGAGAAAGUCUUCAAGAGCUACCAACGAACCCCUUGAUGAGGUGCCGCUAGAAAGCUACCGCAUCAUUGAAGACAAUGAAAUGACGGAGUAUGUCAUGGCGGUGCUUGCGUUGACGAGAGAUUGGAUUCAGCUUCGAUCAUUCCUGCAGGAUUUUUGGCAGAGAGUAGCCUACAAGAACCUGAAUACUGCAGUAGCAGCUACUACUGCCAAAAUCGCUGUGGGAAUGGUCAAGCAAUCCGAAUCUACGAUUUUUGUCGACUUUCCGGGUUACGAAUCGUUUGAGAUGGUCAUGCACACCCUCACGCAAGGGGACGUCAAGAAAGCGGAAAAGGAGUUUCGCCUUACCAUCGAGCCCCAUAAGGGGGAAGACUCGGCCAAAACAACUGAAGUCUCGCUAGAUAUCAAGGAGCUUUUCCUGAUCCAUGCAUACGAAGAUCUCGUCGACUUCAUCACGGAUUAUCAGAAGACACGAAGCGGAAAGCCGACGAAGCGGAUGCUUGCUCAGCUUGACAAGUGGCAUCCUCAUGUCAACUUGAAAGAUGUUACCAAGGAGCAGAGAAUCAAGUGGAGGCGCAGUUAUACAAUCAACUGGCUGUACGAUCUUGUCAAUGUCACUGCGUGUGCUGCUCUGUUCGGUAAGGAUGCCAAGGGAGAAGACUAUGUAUUGGACCAAGUGGACUGGUCCAACGCUGGCCCCUUGAAAUCUCAUCACCGGAUGUUUGGCUUGAUCGACUUCGCCGCAGAGGUGACGACGCUUGCGAUGCAGAAGCCCGGCACUGCCUUUAGCCACAAGAUCCCCUCUCACCUCGUCUUCUACCUUCAGUGCAUUAUGGAUGCCUGGACCAUUUCUCGCGGAUGGACAAUCAGCGGUGUAGAGGGCCAUAUCAUCAUCGAUCCUGCAAAAGGCUUUCAUCCGAGGCGUGAUUUGAAGAUAUUCCUCGGUCAAGGGGACCCGGCAGCAUCGGGCCAUGGUUUCUUCCUGGACACUGAGAAUCUCAAAUCGACGUAUCAGCGCUUCCAAACGACUGACAAGGCUUUCGAGCACACGAUGGACUGCAUUGUGGUUCUUGAGAAACUCGGUAUUGAAUUCAACGCCGCCUUGGGAAGAUGUCUACUCUUCCAACAGCUAGGGGCCGUACUGCCCUCUCGGUUCUCGGCGACAAGUUUCAAUGGCGUGUGGGAUUACUCUCCUUUUCUCUGCGGCGCCGGCCUGGCGGAAGCAAUCGAGCUCACUUAUCGAAGCAUCAUGGUUCUGUGGGAUAGAAUGCGAGAACCGAUGCUGGUCCUUCAUCUGCACAACAUGCUAGUGCAAAAGGGAUACCUCACACGACCUAUAUCUGUGUACAAUCGGUUGGACGAUGUGUUUUCCGAAAGCUUCUACUAUAGAGGAGUGCGCCCCAAGGAUAAAUUUGUCGAAAAUUUUCAAGCCCACGUUCACAAGAUGGUGACUCGCAAGGAAUUUCUUCAGGAUCGGGCAAAUCGGCGAGCAACAUCCACAAUUACCAGCGCCCGCGAGUUUCUAGGCCUGGUUGUUCUUCGCCUUUUCAAGCAGAAGUCGACUUUGCUUCUCUAUCAAGAGGCAGAUUGGGAUCCAUCACGCAUCCCGGACUGCGAUAUUGAGCCGUGGUCUGCUCUGGGUAUGAUUCGGCUCAACCAAACGAGACGCUUUCGCAACUCAGCAUCGUGUCCUUGGACGUUGGAGAAAACGGAAUUAGUCAAGCGAGCUCAUUUCGCGGGUAUGGAUGAGCUCUUCUCACGCAAUAAUGAAGAAAUCCGAGAUAGUGAAUUCAUGGCUGAAAUGGUCCUGAGCAUGCUUUGGAAUGACAUCCACGGCGACCUCUGCGGUGGGCUUCGACCCCUCUCGAGCCUCAACUAUCUAUGGAUCACAAUACGAUUUCUGCAGUAUUUCGAAGAGCUCGAGAAGGAGGCUGAAACCAGCGGCAGCGCCAUGAUUAGGGCGUUGUAUAGUACCAAAGAACCCCGUGAGGACCUGGCCGCCUUUCAAGGAGAUAAAAGACUGCUUGUUUCGUUGCGUGCUCUCGAUGGCAAGGACGACGAACUCCUGAAGACGAUGGCAAAGACAUUUGAGAAAUGUGGAGGAACUCUGGCGAAUUUCAUGUAUUGGCCUGAAGAGGCCAUGAAGGCGAUUGCGUUCAAUGAACCGGUGAUAAGGGCUAGAGGCCAUGACUGCUGUGUGAUGUAG